UAAGUAUAGUUAGUCAUGAAUACACUGAAAUGUUAGACGAUUGCAAUGAAUUAUUCAAAGUUUUUGUCUUCCAACAUUUUAGUGUUUUGAAUGUUUGUUAAUUUAAGUUAUUUUGUCUUGUGUAAUAGGUUUUUACAAUGGUGUAUAAACGGAAGAGGGGUGCUGUUGCAGAGAAAAAGGAUGCAACUGAGAUAAAAAAGAAGGAUUCGAAGGAAGCUUGUUAGUGAGUUAUUUGUGGCAGUUAUUUUAGUGCUAAUAUUUUCUGGUUUUGAAAAUAAAAUUUGUAAUUCCAUUCUUUUAUUUAAUUGAUGCAGCCAAGCCAAUUUCUAUGCUUAUGCUGAUGCACAUAAAGAUAAAUCAAAAGCAUAUGUCCUUGGUAGUUUUAAGGAGAAAUUUAAGCUGCUUAGCGAGGAAGAGAUUGAGAAGUGGGCUUCAUAUAAAUUCGAGGCUUCCCCCUCGAAGGUUGGUGUUAGAGGGAAAGGGAAGAAGUUAAAGGAGACAUUAUCUGCUGAGUCAGGGAUUGAGAACAAUGAAGGGGUAGGGGAUGUUUAAGUUUCUGGCCGAUGCUCCUUCGAACGUUUGGGUAGAAUAGUCCCACUUCUCAACGACGCUCAAAAAGAAAUGGUCAGAAUUGCCAGUUUCUCUACAUUCUUAAGGGAGGAUGCCCCAUACAUCAAUGCUAAGAUAGUUAGUUGGCUCAUCGAUCACGUGGAUCCAACCACUUCUUGGCUGGAGAUAUUUGGAAGAACAAUCCAACUAUCGUCGAAGCUGUUUGAGGAUGUCAUGAGAAUCAGGGAUGGGGGAGAACCCGUGGCAACCGAAAGUGACCGUGACCUCGUUGAGUUUGACCUAAUUUUAAAGGCCAAGGACUAUAGGUUUUCCCUGACUUUGCUGGAGAAUGAGCUGAAGGAAAGCAGCGAGAGCGAUUACCUGUUUCUCAUUAAGUUUCUACUUGUUUGUAUUGGAACUGUGUUGCUGCCCAAGAAUGGUACCGAGGUUAGCACUAGCUACAUGCACUAUUGAUACAAGGUCAAUUAAGAAGAAGAAUUGGGCGACUGCUGGGUUUCGAUAUCUUAUGAGCUCUCUACAGCGGUACAAGACUAAGAACACGAAAAAUGUCUCGGGUUGCACCAUAUUCUUACAGGUAAGUUUUCAAAUUAUUGUGAUGGUAGUAAUUUUAUUCUCUCGUGUACUGCGGUGCUAAUAGAUGUAUGUAUUUUUGUUUGGUGGCAGAUGGUAUAUUUGACGCGUGUUGACUGGACUGCUAGUCACGUGGACCGCACUGUGGCUCCAAUUGACUUUUGGACCACAAAACAGUGCAAAUCAGUGUACAAGUGAAUUCGAGACCACGGUGGUCACACAAGUGGAAAGGUACAUUUAGUACUUCAAUUUUUUGAUGCGUUAGAAUUUUAUUUGGGAGAUAUGCUAACUAGUUUUUUUGGUGUACAAAGCAUGUGAAAUUGACUAACACAUAUGUGUUACUACCAAGUUUUGAAUCCGCUGCAGUUGGGCAACCCACAAAUGACGCAAUAUACAAAGCUGUGUGUGAGUUGAAAGAUGAGGUCUUCCGCCUUGAUUUGAAGGUGAACAGCACAAAAGAGCUGUUCCUGAAGGUAGUCUCAACUUACCUUGGGAAUGGUACUAUGAAUGAAGUGUUGGAGAUACCUGAGACGAGCAAAGUUCAGCGCUCGCUUUCUUUCAAUGGGGAGACCGAGAAGAAGGAUGAUGUGGGUGUGGAGCAAAAGGAUGGUGAAGGGACAAAGGAUAAAUCGGAAGAGGAUGUUGAUGAUGUACAAAGUGUCCCUUCACUUAAUCUAUCAGAAGACAAGGUCGUUGUUCCAAUUGAGAAGGUUGUUUCUGAUGAGUCGUUUGAGGAUAUGAACUUUUGGGGAGAAGAACUCCCAGCUAUUGUAAAAGAGGAAGUUGAGCAGACCGUGAAGGAUGAUUUUGAUGAUGAUGCGUUCGAAAGAUUCAAAGAAUCUGGAGGAAAGGUGAUUGGGCCGUUCACUUUGAAGAAGGGUUACUCAAAUCAUCCGUACGAGUUCUUCCGUUACAUUUUCUCUAGCGCCAAUGUUCCGAGUGAAGUGUUAGCCCAUUUUGGGAAGGUUGAGGUCAAGCGGAGGAAUUUCAAAUGCAUGAAACCGGAGUCCGAUAUAUCAAACAGUGUCAUUGAUUGCUUUGCUCAAAUCAUGAAUUUUCGAGAGAAGAAGCGCAACGGCAUUGGAACAAAGAGAACUUGGUUUAUGCCCAUAAGACUUUCUGUACGAAAUUUGAUAUUUAAAAAUGGACAUGAAUAUAUUGUAUUUGUGCUUUAAACUUUGUUAAA